UCUCCGCCAUUUCGUUCAUUCAAAACAACAAUAUAAUAGAAGUUAGCACUCUAAUAAGGCUUGUUUUAUUAUAAUAAAAUGUAAUAAAAGUUAAUAAUUAUAAUUUAUCCGAUUACCCGGUAAAUAUUCAAAAGUUUAAAGAGUUAUAUAAUUUCUAUUUACGGACACUCUGUAUUUCUGUUGAUUAAAAUGAAUGAAAUACAUGCUCAGAAGAAUGGAAUAAGUGAAUGUAUAAUGAAUAUUUAUUCAACAAGUAAUAAUUUCUACAAGGGAAGGAGUGUUGAUGGAAAAAUUAUUGAAUAUAAUUACAAUGGAAUUAAAAAACCAAAUAUUAAUAACUCAAUCCAGAUGUGCGACAAUAAAAUCAACAAUAAUAAUAAUAAUAAUAAUAAUAAUAAUAAUGAUUUUUUAAGAGAUAAAAGUAAGAUUAUUCACAAUUUAUUAAAUGACGAUCAACACAGGGUAUUAUUAAACAUGACAGUAGAUCCAGCGCAACAAGUUAAUUAUAUUUUACCGCCAAAUGAGGUCCCAGUUUUAUCUCUCAACAAUAACAAUCCAUUUCAAAAUCAACUAGCUGAAGGUUUCGUGAUACCUAUGAAUCCAUUUGGACAAAAUAUUGUGCCUUCCAAUCCAAUGAUUCCUAAUUUAAAACCAACUCUUUAUUUUCUGACUAAUGAUUCUAAAUUAAUUCCUUAUUAUGGUUUCGUAACUGGAUUAAAUGGCAGUAAUAAUGCAACUGUUACUUCAGAUCGAAUUCUACAGAGUAAAGAAAACAAUAAUGAUGUUAACUUAUUAGAAAUAAAAAAUAAAAUUGAUGGAAUAGAUUCGACUCAUGCUAAAAAUUCUAAAGAUGAUGAUAUUAAUCCAGAACUAGCAACAAAAACCAGUGUUACUUUUGAAACUGUUUCUGAUGAUACGCCACUAGAUUUAACAAUAAAACCAAAAACAGAAAAGAAUUUUACUUAUGAAAUUUCUCCUUAUUAUGAAACUUAUGAUACGCAACCGAUAGAUUUAACUAUAGAUAUGCAACCAUUAGACUUGAAAAUAAAACUGAAGACAACACCGACACUUGACACUAAACAAACAGAGCAAAAUUUAUUACCGGUCGAAGACAAGACUGUUCCUGAAACAUAUUCUGAUUUUCCUAUAUCUCAUUCUUCCUCGACAAAGAAGUCAAAAAAAAAUAAAACACGAAAGGUAAAAAAAUAUCUUGAAUUUCUCAACGAAAGUAAAGGGCUUUACGUAUGCAAAGAAUGCAAUUAUUCAACUGUAUAUUUAUCAAUAUUUAAAAGUCAUGUCAAAAUUCAUAUGCGUGAACGUCGCUUCAGUUGCCCUCAUUGUUCAUUAGUUAAUUACUCUAAGUAUAAUUUAAUGAUACACAUACGCACUCACACGAAUGAGAAACUAUAUGAGUGUGAUAUUUGUCCGAUGAAGUACAGUCAAGCCUUCACUCUGAAAGAACACAAACUUCGUCACGAAAAGAGCUUGUCAACAUCUGAUGAAAUACUCCAGUGUCCUGUUUGUCAAAAAACUUUUCCAGAUGGAGAAUACUUGAGAGUUCACAGAAAGGAGCACAAAAUAGGGAAGUUUUAUAAAUGUUCGAUUUGUCUUUUUACGACAAAGUGGUCAGUUUCAUUUAAAAACCACAUUAAAAUACACAAAAAACGUGAUGUUUAUGUUUGCAAUGAAUGCGGUAGAUCAUUGAAACAUAAGAAAUCGUUGAGAAAGCACUUGGUUCAAUUUCACAAUUUACAAUUCAGAAGAAAAUCUACUCGUGUUCCAUUAUCAAAAAAUUUUACUGAUUUAUGUUCAAUUAAUCAGUCAUAAGACUAUAGUUGAUGGUUUUUAAACUUUGCGUUAUAAUUAAAUGCAAUAAAUAGUUUAAUUGAGCAGAUAAUAAUCAUUGAUGGUCAAGAAAGAUUUAAACUAGUUAUGCCGAAUUGCCGGUGGAUUCAUUCAUUUCACUAAGAUUAAGAACUCGGAAUCACUUAUAUUAAUUUUUAAUAUAAAUCAUCGAUAUUUCAAUAGUAUUGAGAUAAUUAAAAAAAAACUUUACAUUUAA